GGCCGCUGCCCGUUUGACUGGGAUUACAGAACGUCUAGGCCACGAAAACCCCAGGAUUUUCGACAUCUGAGGCCUUGGGGGAAUCCAGGACUCUAAAUCCAGCCUCCCAAUCACCUAACCUAAUAGCAGCUAAUAACAGCAGCAGCUAACUUCAAAGGGUAAACGUCCCGGCGGUUAGGAAUGGACGGACUUCUUUUGAAGUCUGCUGCCUGCUUGGAAUCCCGGACUCAACAAUCCACCAGCUGUGUGCCCUCCGGGGAGUCACUUAACUUCCCUGUUCCACUGUUUCCUCCGCUGGUCAUGGAGUCUUGGAGAUGCCGUCGGGCACUGGGAAGACAGUGUCCCUAUUGGCCCUGAUCAUAGCAUACCAGCGGGCAUACCCGCUGGAGGUGACCAAACUCAUCUACUGCUCGAGGACUGUGCCCGAGAUCGAGAAGGUGAUUGAAGAGCUGCGCAAGUUGCUCAAUUUCUACGAGAAGCAAGAGGGCGAGAAGCUGUCGUUCUUGGGACUAGCUCUCAGCUCCCGCAAGAACCUGUGUAUUCACCCUGAGGUGACGCCCCUGCGCUUCGGGAAGGACGUCGAUGGGAAGUGCCACAGCCUGACGGCCUCCUACAUUCGGGCUCAGCAUGAGCAGGACCCCAGCCUGCCCCACUGCCGCUUCUAUGAGGAAUUUGAUGCCCACGGGCGCCAGGUGCCCCUCACUGCUGGCAUCUACAACCUGGAUGACCUGAAGUCCCUGGGGCGGCGCCAGGGGUGGUGCCCGUACUUCCUGGCCCGCUAUUCGAUCCUGCAUGCCAACGUGGUGGUCUACAGCUACCACUACCUCCUGGACCCGAAGAUCGCAGACCUGGUGUCCAAGGAGCUGGCCCGCAAGGCCGUGGUGGUCUUUGACGAGGCCCACAACAUUGAUAAUGUCUGCAUUGACUCCAUGAGUGUCAACAUCAACCGCCGGACCCUUGACCGUUGCCAGGGCAACCUGGAGACCCUGCAGAAGACGGUGCUCAGGAUCAAAGAGACGGACGAGCAGCGUCUGCGGGACGAGUACCGGCGCCUGGUGGAGGGGCUGCGGGAGGCCAGUGCCGCCCGGGAGACUGACGCCCACCUGGCCAACCCCGUGCUGCCCGACGAGGUGCUGCAGGAGGCCGUGCCGGGCUCCAUCCGCACCGCCGAGCACUUCCUGGGCUUCCUGCGCCGGCUGCUGGAGUACGUCAAGUGGCGGUUGCGGGUGCAGCACGUGGUGCAGGAGAGCCCCCCCGCCUUCCUGAGCGGCCUGGCCCAGCGCGUUUGCAUCCAGCGCAAGCCGCUCAGAUUCUGCGCCGAACGCCUGCGCUCCCUCCUGCACACCCUGGAGAUCGCCGACCUUGCCGACUUCUCCCCGCUCACCCUCCUGGCUAACUUUGCCACCCUGGUCAGCACCUACGCCAAGGGCUUUACCAUCAUCAUCGAGCCCUUUGAUGACAGGACCCCAACCAUCGCCAACCCCAUCCUGCACUUCAGCUGCAUGGACGCCUCGCUGGCCAUCAAGCCGGUGUUCGAGCGCUUCCAGUCCGUCAUCAUCACGUCCGGGACACUGUCCCCACUGGACAUCUACCCCAAGAUUCUGGACUUCCACCCCGUCACCAUGGCAACCUUCACCAUGACGCUGGCCAGGGUCUGCCUCUGCCCCAUGAUCAUUGGCCGUGGCAAUGACCAGGUGGCCAUCAGCUCCAAAUUUGAGACCCGGGAAGACAUUGCGGUGAUCCGGAACUAUGGAAACCUCCUGCUGGAGAUGUCCGCUGUGGUUCCCGACGGCAUUGUGGCCUUCUUCACCAGCUACCAGUACAUGGAGAGCACCGUGGCUUCCUGGUACGAGCAGGGCAUCCUAGAAAACAUCCAGAGGAACAAGCUGCUCUUCAUAGAGACCCAGGAUGGGGCUGAGACCAGCGUCGCCCUGGAGAAGUACCAGGAGGCCUGCGAGAACGGCCGUGGGGCCAUCCUGCUUUCAGUGGCCCGUGGCAAGGUGUCAGAGGGAAUCGACUUUGUGCACCACUACGGGAGGGCCGUCAUCAUGUUUGGGGUCCCCUACGUCUACACCCAGAGCCGCAUUCUCAAGGCGCGGCUGGAGUACCUGCGGGACCAGUUCCAGAUCCGCGAGAACGACUUCCUGACCUUCGACGCCAUGCGGCACGCGGCCCAGUGUGUGGGGCGCGCCAUCCGGGGGAAGACUGACUACGGCCUCAUGGUCUUCGCCGACAAGCGGUUUGCCCGGGCGGACAAGCGGGGGAAGCUGCCGCGCUGGAUCCAGGAGCACCUCACGGACGCCAACCUCAACCUGACCGUGGAUGAGGGCGUCCAGGUGGCCAAGUACUUCCUGCGGCAGAUGGCGCAGCCCUUCCACCGGGAGGAUCAGCUGGGCCUGUCCCUGCUCAGCCUGGAGCAGCUGGAGUCCGAGGAGACGCUGCGGAGGAUAGAGCAGAUCGCCCAGCAGCUGUGAACCUGUGGGCCCUCCUGCUGGCCCUGGGUCCCGGCGGGGCAGGGGCGGCGCUCAGAGGUCCCUUCGGGCAGUGUCAGGCCGACGCUCCUUGUUGCCAAAUCUGCAGCCUUUAAUGGCGGGAGAGGGCACUGGGGGAGCCCCGUACAGCAGGGACCUCGAGAGGUGGGAGCGAGGCAGGGGGACGGGGGAGGCCUCCACCACCCACCACCCCCGCCUCUCCCUGAGACGCGGUGUCCACAGAGGUCCCGCUGGCCUUAGCGGGGGCCCAGGUCCUGGGUGCUGGCACUGAGGGUCCGGGGGGCCUUGCUCAGGUGCCUGGUGGGGAACUGGGGACGGGCACAGGGGGCAGGUAAGGGACGGGUGCCGCCUCUGCUCCAUGUCCCCACUUGUACCCCCACCCCCGGCCCACCUCAACCCGCCCUGCCCCUCCCCUGGCCCCAGGUCCACCCAUUUCCCCACUUCCACUCCCUGGCCCCGAGUCCAUCCCCCUGCCCCAUCCCGCCUGACUAAGCCCAUCCCUCCCCCUGCCUCUACUCCGAGUACAGCCCAUCCCCUGUCCUGUGCUCAGGUCCUUUCCAACUUCCAGCCUGACACCCCCCCGGCUCCUAAUGCCAUUGCCAGCCACCACGUCCGCCCCCUCCCCACACUCCAUCAUUGACCCCGUGUCCCUGUCCCCCCUCACCUGCGUGCCAGCAGCCCUCAGGCCGUCCGUGUUGAGCAUGUUGAGCGACACAGCUCUCUUCAUCCUGCACAGGAGGGGCAGGUGGGAAACGAGUCACUCCCCCUGGAGAAACCUCUCCCACACGGGGUGUGAGCGCUGUGUGUCACAGCAGGAGAUGGGAGCCAUGGAAGGUUCUUUGGCAGGACAGAGAGGGGCAGAGCUAAAGAUGCUGUACCGGCAGGGCUCUUCGCUGGCUUGAUCUGACACUCACCCGGCUGCUCCUGCCACCCCCUCGCCUCGGAGCCGGGAGACCAGCUUCUCACUACCACGCCGGAUGGACUCACGGAGCUUGGAGAAUGAGCUGCUCCGACGCAGGGCCUGGGAAGGGGCCGGGGACGCUGGUCAGGCCCCCCCCCCACCCCCGGUCCAGUCCAACCUGUCCCCAGCCCCCCAGGGCGCCAAAGCAAAGCCCAUCCUCACCUGCUGUUGUGCGUUACCGGCAGUGUCUAUGUUGGGGGCUCCUGGGGGAACAGAUGGGGGCAUCAGGGUAGGGAUGGGGGCUUGAGAAGCCUCUGGCGAGGGCAGUGGGGGUGGGGACUCACCAAGGGGGGCAGGCAGGUCCUCCCUGCUGAGGAUCUCUUUGUAUAGCUCCUCUGCUUGCUGGUACUUGUUCUGUUUCAGAUAGGCUGAGGCCUGCGGGGAGGGCAAGGCCCAAGUGAACGGGGCUCAGACCUGGGGAGCUCCCCGAUGUCCCCCACCCUGGGCACUGGUGUCCAGCAUCCCUUUCUGAGGUGCACACUUGCUUGUGCCCCUCGCCUGCCGGAAGCUGUGCUGUGCCUCCCAGUGCCCUCAGGAAGCAGCCCCGGCUCGCCCUGCACCCAAGGCCUUGCCCUGCACCCCACCCCAUUUCCUGGCUGGGUGACCUGGGGCAGGUGACUUCCUGUCUCUGAGCCUGUUUUCUCAUCUGCAAAAUAGGGGCAACAGCAGCUCCUACCUCACAGGGUCUUGUAAGAAAUAAAAUGCUGCAAGGAGAGAACUCACAAAGGGGUUUAGCACGUGUUAAGAGCUGAAUAAAUAUUUGAUGCUGUC